UGCGGUAAGUUCCACCGCAGCUAGAGCUCCGGGUGGUCAGCAGGAAGAGGAGCUCGGCGGUUCCGUGCAGUUUAGCCGCAGCAUUCCCUUUGCUGGGUGUCUCGCCGCUGAGCCUCCGGAGAGGAGACGGACCCCUACUCCCUGUCAGAGAAAUGUCUGCUCCAGCUCAACCACCUGCCGAAGGGGCAGAAGGGGCUGCCCCAGGUGGUGGCCCCCCUGGCCCUCCCCCUAAUAUGACCAGUAACAGACGACUCCAGCAGACCCAGGCACAAGUGGAGGAGGUGGUGGACAUCAUGCGUGUGAAUGUGGACAAGGUCCUGGAGAGGGACCAGAAGCUGUCAGAGCUGGAUGACAGAGCUGACGCCUUGCAGGCGGGAGCGUCACAAUUUGAGAGCAGUGCUGCCAAGUUAAAGAGGAAGUACUGGUGGAAAAACUGCAAGAUGAUGAUCAUGCUGGGAGCUAUCUGUGCCAUCAUCGUGGUAGUUAUUGUAAUCUACUUUUUUACUUGAGAAUGUGCCACCCCUCCCCUGUCCUCCAUUGCCAUCCAAACCCAUGUCCCUCUCCCUCUGUUUGCUCUCUGCACCACCUUCCCCACCACCUUCCUCCACCCCAGCCCAGGCUCCGCCAUGGCCCAUCCCUUCUUUUCUGUUGCUUUCAUUUGCGCUCUGCCCCUCUACACUAGAAAUGCUGCUCGUGGUGCUGUCUUGAAGUGACAACCUGGAGAGCAACAGCUGGCACAGCCUCCUUCCUUACAUAUCCUAAGUUUCCCCGAGGCCAACAAUGACUGAGAGCCAGGGACAGGGUUGGGGGGCUUAGCUGAGGUGCUGUGCCCAAGAAGGUGCCGAGACCAGGGGAGGAGAAGGGGACCCGCGUGGGUGGGUGGUGUUGCCAGAAAGGCCGGGGCGCUGUGUGGGAAGAAGUGGUGGACAGCAGGAAAACUGCAGCGCGUGGCUACCUGCUCGCUGGUAGGGUCCCGUGUGGGCCUGUGGUCCAGCGUGGGCCUGGUGCAGGACCUUCCAGAAAGCCAAGCCUGUUUGUUGUAGUGAUAUCUAACCUGGUAGUGCAAGAUUUCCUCAGUUGUCAGGGAUCGCACAGCCUCCUGGGCCCCCCGAGACCCGGAGAACGGGUGUUGCCAGCAUGCAGGGCUCCCACGCCCGCCCGAGGCACCCGCCCUCCAUAAUCAGACCUGGAAGCGGCUGUCUCUUGGCCCUACCGUUUUUUUUUUUUCAGUGGCAGUAGGUCUGGUCCACACUUUCAGCAGCAUUCUGUAUCGCUCGUGAGGGCACCAAAUCAUUUCAUAUAGCCAACGCUUGGAACUCAUGGUUAGUUUUAACGGACACAUAGAGAGAGACUAAACAGAUGCAGGGAGAGAACAGGAGACAGAUAAAGUGAGGGUGCCUGUCCGUGGCCGAGAGACAGUGAGUCAAGAGGCCAGGGGGACGGCGAGCUGCGGGAAGCCGCGCCUUGCCCUCUCAUUCAGGAGGGUCCUGCUCCUCUCUUGCCGCUGCUAGAGGAGUGUGAGGGCGCUGGACAUGAGGAUCUCAGACUCAGGGGCCCUGUCCUUCAUGCCACCCGAGGAUACCCCUGUGUCCUUGGCAAGGACAGCGGUGAGGGCAGGGGCCCUGCCCGAGGCUUGGUGGAUCCUGAGUCUUCACAGAGUCCGGGAUGCACCGGCUUGGGUUCAGCGGGCGGGCCCUCUGGUCCAGAGCCGCCGCUUUGUUCUUCCUAUGCUGGCUCCCCUUUUGAAGCCCCUCGCCAUCUGAAUCCCCCUUUGCCUCCUCUUUCCUCCUCUUCACAUGGCUACGGGUGCAGAGGAAGCUGAGAACAGGAGCUGCGGGCCAGCCUGGGGGCCGUUGCUGAGCUCCAGGCCAGGGCGUUGAGUCGGGCAGACCUGAGUGGCGGGUGGGGGCAGGCUGGGGUGGGAGGGGGAUGCCCGUGACCCUUUAUUCUGUCUGUCCGCCUGCCCACCAGUGGCAAGAGACAGGCGGGUCGGGGCGGGGCUGGGGGCUCCCUUUCCAUGCAGCAGCAUUUCAUGGCGCAGAACCAUCCUCCCUCCCCCUUCAGCCCCUAUCGUUCCCCACAUUCCCUCGUCCUGCCCCAGGGCAGGACUGAAGAGCUGGAAGAAAGCAGUCAGUGUACCCUCCCAGCGCCCCCUCGAAGUCUCCACUCUCCCCUGGGCUCCUCCUGGCCUAGUGCAGGGGUCACCGCUGGAGAAGAACCACCACGGUCCUCGAUGGCCCAGGCAGGAGCACAGCCACCCUUGGCCCGCCCAGUCCUGUCUCGGGAACUUGCCCCUGGGUUUUCCUCCCUCUGAGGCUCAGCAGUUCUAGUGGCUUUGUUCUUUGGGGGGAUUUAGCCUUUCCAUUUUCCUUCUCACCCCACCGUGCAUCCUCUUCUGUGUCCUGGCUGUGUCCCCCCCCCCCCGCCCCGUGUGCAUGAGCAAAUAUGCAACUGAAGCCUGGGCUCUGCAGCCCGGCGAGGCCGAGCUUCCCACAUCCCCUUCUUGAGUUUGCCAUGAGAUGAUGUGGGGUUUCCACUGUGUGUCUGUCGUCACCUCUUUGUCUUUUUUCCGACCCCCAACCUCAUACUUGUAUAGAGCGAUAACAGUUGUACUUCCACCAAAGGCAUGUGCAUAUACUGAUUUCAUGUAUUCUCAACAAAGGCAAAAAAUACAAAUUCCUACCACUAAACUGACUUGCUGUUGUCUG